GUUUAUUUUCAAGGUCACUUUUACGGCAUCGUAGUCCUAAGUUCCUCAGUCAAAGCGGCUUUGAUACGUUGCGGGAGCACCUGGGACUAUAGCGAUCGCAGCCUGAUCCCGUUUCCCGUUGCACCUGCGCACCCGCAAUUAUCAAGGAGUUGGCCCUGCGCCGCAGAGGGGUCGAAAAAUUUGAUACACAUGGGGUUCGACUUGAGGAUAAAACUACUUGACUCUCAGUCGAAAUAUUUUAGAUCUCGGCCCUAUUUAUCUGUCCAACCAUGUUCAUCACGGAUCGGUUACACCUCCGUGGAUUUGAACUCUCAGAUGCGCGCCAUAUCUUGGACCUUUGGAAUAAUGCAGACGUCUUACCGACGAUAUCUAACGAGUACAUUGUCCCUCAAGGGCCUAAAUUCAUGGACAAGGUUGCAGCUUCUGUUGACGAUGCUGUAAUGUUCUUGACCAUUGAGACGCGGGAAAGGGGCGGCGGCAGCAGCAGCAGCGACACUAUCCACGACUUGAAGCAGGCAGUGGAUACAGAAGUCGGUCAGUUCGUUGGGACCACGUCAAUAACCAUGAGCCAUCCAAAGAACCGCGAUGGGAUCUUUGCAAUCAUGCUAGAACCAAAAUUUUGGGGCCGUGGAUACGGAGAAGAAGUAACGCGGUUUGUAGUGGACUAUUGCUUUCAUACUCUGGGCCUGCAUCGAGUGAGCCUGAUGGUGUUUAAUGGGAACAAGCGAGCGGUGAAUUUGUAUAAGAAAGUCGGGUUCGUCGAAGAAGGAAGGAAACGAAAGGUGAAUUGGAUCGAUGGUCAUUGGGAAGAUAUGAUUUAUAUGGGCAUUUUAGAAGAAGAGUGGAAACGGAUGAAUGAAGAUUGACACAAGUCACGUCGAACGCUUCGUACUUUGGAGCUUGAGCUUGAACAAUAAUAAUAGUAAAGAACCCUGGAUCUCGAAAGAAUGAUAAUGAGUGCAAUCAUCUCUCGGAGUGAGCCAGAGUGAACCACGGGCAUCAGAAGAUCAACGACUAUAAUUUUAUGAAUCAAACGAGAAUUAGAAAGGACUCGGACAUGCUGCAGCCACGAGAUAGAUAGAUAGACACGAGUGUUAUUAGUAGUUG